UAUAGUAUAUUAUUUCUUUUGGUCAAUAAGAAAAUAUAUCUCUUAUCCCCUCCUUCUCUCCCAAUAGUCUCACAGUCCCCUCUAGAAAUAUGUCUUCAGCUUAUUGUUCCUCCGCCGUGGCGGUUUCCACCGCAGCCACCGUUUCCUCCGCCACUACCUUUAACCCACUAUUCUCCUUCCAUUCGAAUUUCAAACUCUUCUAUCGCAUCACACCAAAACCCUUCAAACUCGUCGCCAAAUGCCCUACUCCUCCUCUCUUCCUCCAUCUAAACACCCGUCGCCACCGCCUCUUCUGCGCCGCCGAAGACGAAAUCCCGCCGUCAUCCGAAGAAGACGAGGAAGAAAACGAAGAAAACGAAGACGCAGAUGAGACACAGACGACGCAAGCGAGCGUUGAGGAAGGGAGGCUGUACGUUGGGAACUUGCCUUACACAAUCACUGCCUCUGAGCUCUCCCAGCUUUUCGGAGAAGCUGGAAACGUCGUCGAUGUUCAGAUUGUGUACGAUAAAGUCACUGACAGAAGCAGAGGGUUUGGAUUCGUAACCAUGGGAACCAUCGAAGAAGCUAAAGAAGCGAUUCAGAUGUUCAACAGCUCUCAAAUCGGUGGUAGGACGGUGAAAGUGAACUUCCCGGAGGUGCCUAGAGGCGGAGAGAGGGAAGUGAUGAGGACUAAGAUUCGUGAUAGUAACAAGAGUUAUGUUGACAGUCCUCACAAGAUCUAUGCAGGGAACCUUGGUUGGAAUCUGACGUCGCAAGGUCUUAAAGAUGCGUUUGGAGAUCAGCCUGGUGUGCUUGGUGCUAAAGUUAUCUACGAAAGAAACAGUGGGAGGUCUAGGGGGUUUGGUUUCGUCUCUUUUGAGUCGGAAGGAGAGCUUCAGUCUGCUCUGAGUGCUAUGAACGGUGUGGAAGUUGAAGGACGAGCGCUGAGGCUAAACUUGGCUUCGGAGAGAGCUACCGUGCCUCCUCCUACUGUAGCAGGAGGAGAGGGCAGUCUAGAGGGCAGUGAGGUGCUUUCGAACAUUAGUACAUGAAGCAGCAGAAGCACAGUAGAUUCUACUGCUAGCAAAAUGAAAACUUUUAUGAGUUAUGACUAUGUUGUUGUACUCUACUGAGGCUAAAGAAGAAGAUAAUAUAUGAGAUAAAGAACAGGAGAUUAGCUGUAAUCAUAUUCAGAAAUGCUUGUUCCAUUAAAUGGUGUAAUGUAAGAUAUCUUUAUCCCAGACUCUUACUAAUUAUUAAAAAGAACAAUCGAUAAGAGUGACUGAACUA